AAGGACCAACCGAGCAGUCCCGGAAAUUGAUGCGAUCCAUCCGUGUCAGUGAAUUAUUUCGUCCGAUAAUCACCCGUUUGCCCUUUAAUCGUCGCCAUCGUGCCAACGGCUGGCUAAAGGUGUUCUGGCGCUCAUCCUUGGGGACGCACGGUUUCGCUGGGGUGGAAUUAAAAAACCCCCCCGCAGAAUCACCGCCGAUCACAGGACCGCUCCAUCACAUCACCAAGGAACCUGGAAUUGGAAGCGCUCCUGCCGAUGCUGCACUUCACCAGCGGCGGAUGUACAUCGUUAAUUUGGGAAAUUUUCGGCGUUCUGAAAGAUCGACGGCAAACGAGCGGAAUGUAAUCGAUUAUCUGCGGAGCCACACUAUCAGCCCCAUCCCCCAUUUCGGUAGUUUCGUGCUGGCCGCAAACAAACCCAAGCCGGGGCCCAACAUAGGCAAAAAGGGGACCGUAUUCCUGGAUUGGAUUGGUUUGCGGAUGGCUCGAAAUGGCCAACUGGAACGCAACGAGGCGCUACCGUAGCAGAACGUCGACUUUGCGACACCGGCAUCGACAUCGACAACUCCCUAAAACCGUUCCGUUAUUGAUCGAGGCUCAUUAGCUUGAAGUUUCGACUAGGGACUCGUUUUUGCUAUCACUUUGCCUAUUUCUUCCACAGUACAUUGAAAGCAAUUACACGUAUAGAGAUCCUCUUCGGAGGAAACCCCCGUCCCGAACGAAUCAAGCGUGACGACAGUACUGCGAGGAUACUUUCGUCACGUUGCACUCGUUGGGAACGGUCCAUAGGUUAAGGCAAGCAAUCAUCCAGAGCUAGGAACAGAGCACGAAGGAAGGUGAACGGUGGUCGCUUCUGAUCGAUCGGGUUGUGCCGUGGAAAUAUUGCAGCUUAGAUUUUCCAUUUUCAUAAACAUAAAACCCAGACACCGUAUCCAUUGCAAGUAACAUCAACAAGAUCAGAUGGAAAAGGGAAGAUGUAAGUUUUGUAUUUCCCCGUUUUGACCCGCAUGGAUCACCGUAGCGGUAGCCAGUUUAACCUUCCGUCAGUUUAACACUUCUGCACAUAAUAAAAUUCAAUUCGUUUCUUUUGUCGUUCAAGUUUGAUGGUUUAUAUGGCAAGUGUUGAAGAUAGACAUUAAGAAUGUUUGCUUUUCGUUUCUGAUGCCAACCGUGGGAACGAAAUGGUAAAGGAACAAACACAUUACAUUUGAUGCGAGGAUAUAAAUUAUAUGAAUAGUAUAGACUACCUAGCCUGUUACGGUGCAUGAACGAAGAAACUGUAACUUGGUCAUUUGAGGUCAAACGAAUCGCAACAUCGGAGACAGUCGGCCGGAUAGCAAACGUUUGCCGAAGCACAUACACCAAAAUGGUGACUAAACAAUCGUUUUAAUGUUUGCUAGCAGCAACUACAAAUUAGUUUAUAGGCAUGAUCAGUGGGCAGGGAAACAAGUGCUUCCCUACGGACGUGUAUAGGCAUGCAAAUCAAAUACUACUAUUACUACGAAACGGCUACUUCCGCAGCCUUUCCUUCCUUUUUUUAUAAUUCAAACUAUUGAUACAUGAUGACUUUCAUACCCCGCAUUUAGUUCGUAAGUGUACAAUACAGUAGACAAUGAUGUGAAGUAUACACAAAGGCAAAUAAAAAUAUAGUUUACAAA